AUGGCUUCCACCGACGAUGCCCAGAUUUACAGGGCGACCACGACCGCCCCAGUAAACAUCGCCGUGGUCAAGUACUGGGGCAAGCGCGAUCCCAAGCUCAACCUGCCCACAAACUCGUCCCUCUCCGUCACCCUCGCCCAGUCGGACCUGCGCACACUGACCACGGCAUCGUGCUCGGCCUCGUACCCCGCGUCCGGCGGCGACAGCCUGGUGCUGAACGGCGAGGCCGCCGACGUGUCGGGCGCCCGCACCCAGGCCUGCUUCCGCGAGCUGCGCGCCCGCCGCGCGGCCCUCGAGGCGGCCGACCCUUCGCUGCCCAAGCUGUCGACGUACCCGCUCCGGCUCGUGUCGGAGAACAACUUCCCGACCGCCGCCGGCCUGGCCUCGUCUGCUGCCGGCUUCGCGGCCCUCGUGCGGGCCAUCGCGGACCUCUACGCCCUGCCCGACUCGCCCUCGGAGCUGUCCAAGGUGGCACGUCAGGGCUCGGGCUCGGCCUGCCGCAGCCUGUUCGGCGGCUACGUAGCCUGGCGCGAGGGCGCCGCCGCCGACGGCUCCGACUCGCUGGCCGAGCAGGUGGCCGAGGCGGCGUACUGGCCCGAGAUGCGGGCGCUGGUGCUCGUGGCCAGCGCCAGCAAGAAGGGCGUCAGCUCCACCAGCGGCAUGCAGCAGACGGUCGGCACGUCGGACCUGUUCCAGCGCCGCGUGGCCGAGGUGGUGCCCAAGCACAUGGGCCAGAUGGAGAAGGCCAUCGCCGACCGCGACUUUGCCUCGUUCGCCGAGGUCACCAUGAAGGACUCCAACUCGUUCCACGCCACGUGUGCCGACACGUACCCGCCCAUCUUCUACAUGAACGACACGUCCAGGGCCGCCAUCCGCGCCGUCGAGGCCAUCAACGCCGCCGCCGGCCGGACCGUGGCCGCCUACACUUUUGACGCGGGCCCCAACGCCGUUGUUUACUACCUGGAGCAGGACACCGAGCUCGUCGUCGGCACCUUCGCGCCCCUCCUCGAGGGCGUCAGCGGGUGGAAGGAUGGCGUCAAGGCGCUCAAGUCGAGUGUGACACUGGACGAGGCCGUUGUAGGACUGCUCAGGGGUGGGAUAAGUAGGGUCAUCAUGACGGGCGUCGGCGGCGACCCUGUCAAGUCAGAGCAGCAUCUCAUCUAG